GAGCUGAAACUUUGUAACCCGAGCGCGCACGCCCUGGCCUGCUCCCUGCCCCGGUGCGACCGAGAGGGAGGCGCGGGAGGUGGGACGCGCGGGCGGGAAGGCUCGGGGACGCCGGCGCACGCGGAGCGGGGACCCCGGGAGAGCUCGCCGCGAAGAGGAGGAGCUGGGCGGGGAGCGGAGCGCGCGGCCCGAGCACCGGAGGAAGUGAUCCCGGCCGUGGCUGCAGAGGAGCAGCGGGGAGCAGCCGGGCCGGGAGGGUCCCGCGCCGAGCGGAGGCCAGGGGGGCUGGGGUCGCAGCCCGGCGUCCCCGCAGCUGCCAUCGCCCAGGAGCAGCAGCUGUGCCCGGGCUCCCGGCGGCGGCGGGGGGAGGAGGAGGAGCUGCCGCUGGACGGUGGCAGCUGGAGGAGGAGCCGCACGGCUGUCCCGUGUGCCGGGGAGAGGGCCGCGCCGCGCUGGCCGAGCCGCGCGGGGAUGAGCCGCUGACCGCGGCCAUGCAGCCUUGACGGGGCGCUCGGGGACCAGCCGCAGGGCGCGCUCUCCCGGGAAGGGGCCGCGGGCGCAGGCAGCAGGACUUCACCGCCGACUCGAGCCCAGCGGGGAGCGAAGCCAUUUACCAUGGAACCCGUGACCAAGUGGAGCCCCCAGCAAGUGGUGGACUGGACCAGAGGGUUAGAUGAUUGCCUUCAGCAGUAUGUCCACAAGUUUGAACGGGAGAAGAUAAAUGGAGAGCAGCUGCUGCAGAUUUCCCAUCAGGAUCUUGAGGAGCUGGGUGUCACGCGAAUUGGACACCAGGAACUUGUGUUGGAGGCUGUCGACCUUCUCUGUGCACUGAAUUAUGGCCUUGAAACUGAUAAUAUGAAGAACUUGGUUCUGAAACUGCGAGCGUCUUCCCACAACCUACAGAAUUACAUAAGUAGCCGUCGGAAAAGUCCAGCUUAUGAUGGGAACACCUCCCACAAGCCCCCCAAUGAGUUCCUGACUUCUGUGGUGGAGCUCAUAGGCGCUGCCAAGGCCUUGUUAGCUUGGCUGGACCGGGCUCCAUUUACAGGGAUCACUGAUUUCUCAGUAACGAAGAACAAAAUCAUUCAGCUUUGCUUGGAUCUGACCACUACAGUCCAGAAGGAUUGCCUUGUAGCAGAAAUGGAGGAUAAAGUUUUAACCGUAGUCAAGGUCUUAAAUGGCAUCUGUGACAAAACAAUGCGAUCUACUACGGAUCCUGUUAUGAGCCAGUGCGCGUGUCUGGAGGAGGUUCACUUACCCAACAUUAAACCUGGGGAGGGCCUGGGCAUGUACAUCAAAUCGACCUACGAUGGAUUGCACGUAAUUACUGGAACCACAGAAAAUUCUCCUGCAGACAGAUCUCAGAAGAUUCAUGCUGGUGAUGAAGUCAUUCAGGUGAAUCAGCAAACUGUGGUGGGAUGGCAGCUAAAAAAUCUGGUGAAAAAAUUGAGAGAGAAUCCUACAGGAGUCGUGUUACUGCUUAAGAAGCGUCCCACGGGUACUUUCAACUUUACUCCUGCUCCCCUGAAAAACUUACGGUGGAAGCCGCCUCUUGUGCAGACCUCGCCUCCCCCCACGACAACCCAGUCCCCUGAAAGCACUAUGGAUACCUCACUGAAGAAGGAGAAACCAGCCAUCCUGGAUCUGUAUAUUCCUCCUCCACCAGCAGUUCCCUACUCCCCCCGGGAUGAGAACGGAAGUUUUGUUUAUGGAGGAUUCAGUAAGUGUAAACAACCAAUGCCUGGUCCUAAGGGUUCAGAGUCCCCCAAUUCCUUCUUGGACCAGGAAAGCCGAAGACGGAGAUUUACCAUUGCUGACUCGGAUCAGUUGCCUGGGUAUUCGUUGGAAACCAACGUUCUGCCCACAAAAAUGAGAGAGAAAACACCAUCUUAUGGCAAGCCCCGGCCGUUGUCCAUGCCUGCCGAUGGGGGCUGGAUGGGGAUUGUAGACCCUUUUGCCAGACCUCGAGGUCAUGGGAGGAAAGGUGAGGACGCCCUUUGCCGGUAUUUCAGUAAUGAACGGAUCCCUCCGACCAUCGAAGAAAGCUCCUCUCCUCCCUACCGUUUCUCAAGACCCACAACGGAGAGGCAGCUGGUCCGAGGCGCAGACUACAUCCGAGGGAGCAGGUGCUACAUCAAUUCAGAUCUCCAUAGCAGCGCCACGAUUCCAUUCCAGGAGGAAGGGACCAAAAAGAAAUCCGUCUCCUCGGCAGCCAAGUCCUCGUCUACGGAACCGUCCCUGCUGGUCAGCUGGUUUACUCGCCUGAAACUGUUGACUCACUGAGCCCCAGCCUUCCCGGACCCCUCACUGGCUCUGCUACCAAGUGCCUUUCUUCUCCAGCUGACAACCUGUUCUGAUUUCAUCCACAGUAUUAUGUAGCGACCUUAUACAAUUUCAUUCUUUUUCAAGUUGCAUACUGCCCUUCUUGGAAUUUUGAAGUUUGGGUGGGAACAAAUCCAGAGGAUCUUAGAUGCUGGUUUGUGGAGGCAAAAGGAGAGAAAUGGAUAGAGUCUGCUUCUCUUGCUUCCUUAGAGUCAGAACAUGGAGACACACUCUGUAAACUGGAGCCUCGCCAGGAAUGUUUUGGUCAUUAGAAGGAACUGGGGCAUUGUUUGUUUUGGGGGUGGGACUAACAUUGGUGGUCGUUGUCGCACAGAUGUGUCGGUUUGUGGUCCAACUUCUUCACCUGAAAAGCUAGUGGAGAAAACAUUUUUGUUUUGAUUUUUCAAGCUGUAUACCGUAUUUGUAAGUGUAGCAGCUUUGACUUUGAAGUAACAUGGGGCAAGUGUCUGAUUUUCUUUCAAAGCAAAGGUUUAAGUAUAGACCUGUUACACUUGGUUCAUCCCCUUUGCAUAACAGUCUCAGUAUAGGUCAGUUAACACAGAAACACAGGAACACGUUUAGAUAGGGCCUAUUACACACCAAGAAGUUUAUGGUUAUUUGUGAGGGGUGUCUUUGUUAUUGUUAUAUAUUAUUAUCUUUAAGGGGAAAGAAAGAUUUGUAAGAUUUGCUGACAGCCAAAGUGUCAUUCAGAAAAAUGAAGCAACAAUACUUAGGUUUAUGAGAGAUACAUCAGUUUGCAUUUUGAUCUGUUCAAUGUCUAUCUUCCAGAGAAGAACGGACAGUUCUUCAAAAUUUUACACAUUUUGCUAAUUAGAAAUAUCUUGGCAAGUCUCACGGUCACUAAUUUUCAACUAGCAUCAGGUAUUUUGGAAAAGUGUGUCAGGAUAUUAACUCUUGUUUAAACUGAAUGUAUGAUAUUUUGUUAGAAUGGAAAAGUACUAUCUUGUUAAUUUAAGUGUUUUAAAUAUAGUUGUAUAUUUUUCUUA